CGGGGCCUGCCGCCACUGCCUGAACCGAAGCACCGGGCACCAGGCCUGCAAGAUGCGGAAGUGCGAGGCGCUGGCGAGGACGCGGCCGGGGCGCGCCGGAGAGACCCGUUUGGAGUGCAGCUUGGUUGAUGGACCCAGAACAGGCCAGAUGGAAGACGGGCCAUUUCACCAUGCGGAAGAAAGACGGCUGAGCGAGGGGCACGUGCCCGGCCUGGCCAAUGGGGAAGGGGGGCGUCCUGCCGGCGGGGGCACCGCGCUGAUGGAGGCCAGCCCGUGGCUCGGCGGCCCCUGCGCCGAGCAAAAGGCCGGCUGGGAGCGUGUGCCGGCCGCCCCCGGCCACGGGGCCCCUUCCAGCAACGCUGACCUGGAGGACGCACAGAACUUGGUGGCCUUCUCGGCAGCCGCGGAGGCUGCCGUGUCUUCCCAGGGGACGGUGCCCCCGGUGCCCCCCUCCCUGCUGGGCACGCAGCUGUACGAGCGCUUCAACGCCGAGAUGGCACGCGGCAGCCCGGGCGAGGACCUGCCCGCCCCCCCGUCCUCCGAGGAGCUGAGUGCGCUGCGGGCGGCCCUGGCCCUGGCCAAGCACGGCGUGAAGCCGCCCAACUGCAACUGCGACGGCCCCGAGUGCCCGGACUACCUGGAGUGGCUGGAGAAGAAGAUCAGGUCGGCCAGUGCGGGCGGCCCGGGCGGCGCCCCCCAGCCGCCCCGCCAGGCUCCCCGACCCUCUCCCGACAAUGGUGCUACCCCCCUGCGGGCGCCUGCAGGGGACGAGAGGCGACCCCCCUGCCCCCUGGAGGCGCUGCCCCUCUCCCAGAGCGCGCUGAGCAUCGCGAAGGAGAAGAACAUCAGCCUGCAGACGGCCAUCGCCAUCGAGGCCCUCACACAGCUCUCGUCGGUGCUUCCAGAGCCGGCCCCGGAGGCUCCCCCCACCCCCCAGAGUCCCCCACAUGCUGCCGCAUUUGCCUCCAAGGAGCUGCCGGGCCGGUCCCCCCCAUUCCUCCCACACCCCCCGGGGGCAGUGCUCACCAUGCCCAGCCCAGAGCUGUACCAGAGCCCAGCCUCGAAGCUGCGUGUCUCCCCCGUGCCCCCGUCCCCAUCCCCCUGGCCGCAGGGGGCCAAGCUUCCGCAGGAGAGGACCCCCCCUUGCCUCGCCCACAGUAAUGGCCACCCGGAGCCUCCAGACCUGUUCCCCAAUGCCGUGCCCUCCCCGCAAAAGGCCAGCUUCCGUGAGCAGUGGGGAGAGGAAGGCAAACCGAGGAGCAGCCUGUGGGGGCUGCACGCCGGGAGCCCCCCACCCACCGUGGCCGGAGACCCCAUGGCUGAGCUGGAGCAACUGCUGGGCAUCCCAUCCGUCUUCAAGCGGCCAGGGGCAACGCCGGGCAAGGGCCGGGCUGCCAAGCCAAAGCUGGAGCAGCCCACCCCGAGAGAUGGGGGCGUGGCGCCCCCCCCCAGCCCGCAGCUCUCCCGGCUCCUGCAGGAGCCGAGCUUCCACCGGAAGACGCAGCAGGCCCUGCAGCAGCACCUGCACCACAAGCGCAGCCUCUUCCCGGACCACAGCGUGCCUCGGGGGGGCCCCCAGGAGCCGCCGCCACCUGCCUGGUGGGCUCCCGCCCCCCCGCCCCCCAGAGUGCCCGAACGGCCCGCCAAAGAGCGGAAGAGGCGGCUGCAGCCCGACAGAGCCGGCCCGGCCAAGCCGCUGCGCAAGCCAGUGCAGAUCAAGCGGGCGAAGCAGAAGGACUCGCAGCCCCUCUUCCCGCCCGCGCGGCAGAUCAUCCUGGAAGGGCUCCGCGUGGCCACCCCCCUCGAGCGCCCCGGCAGGGAUGCCUGCCCCGAGCAGCUCCUCUCGAGCGCCCCCCCGGCCGUGGCGGUGGCCAGCCCCGCGGAGCAGUCCCCACUGCAGCAGCUACUUGAACACAGAGUCCUGCCUCCCAGCACUCAGGAAAUGCGCCCCCCCAGCCCAGGGGAGGGCCACUGCCCGGAGAACCCCGCCGGCCCCCCGGCCCCCCUCAGCAGCCCCGUGCCCGGCUCCGCCCCGCGCUCGGCCGCCAUCCCGUGCAGCAGCGGGCCCGAGGAUGCGGCAGACCACCCCCUCUUCGCCCACAACCGCGUCACGGUGGACGACAAGCUGGAGGAGCUGAUCAAGCAGUUCGAAGCGGAGUUUGGGGAGAACUUCAGCUUCCAGGGCCCCGACCUCCCGGGUCCGCUGCCCCUGCCAGACGGGCCCCCGCCUGCCCCGCUGCCCUCCCCCCCGCCGCAGCCCCUGCCUUCUCUGAGCCAGCCUCCCCCGUCUCCAGGCAGCUUGGACGCGGCUCUCCGGCCGCCGGCAAGCAAGGAUUGCACAUGGCCUCCCGCAGGCCCCCCCGAUGCGGGUUUCCAGGUGGGGGCCGGGCAGCCUUCCGACAACCCCUUUGCGGCUCGGUCCCCAAAACAGAUAAAAAUCGAAUCCUCUGGUGCUAUUACCGUGGUGUCCACCACGUGCUUUUACUCGGAUGAAAACCAAAACACAGACCCUGCUUCCGUGGAAGGGACCCCCACCAAGGACCAGGGGCCGCUCAUGCCUACUCUCAGUGGAUUUUUGGAAUCGCCCUUGAAGUAUCUGGACACCCCAACCAAAAGUUUACUGGACACGCCUGCCAAACGGGCCCAGGCAGAGUUCCCGACGUGCGACUGUGUGGAACAAAUAGUGGAGAAAGACGAGGGGCCCUACUACACCCACCUGGGUUCGGGCCCCACCGUGGCGUCCAUCAGGAGGCUCAUGGAGGAGCGGUACGGCGAGAAGGGAAAGGCCAUCCGGAUCGAGAAGGUGAUCUACACGGGGAAGGAGGGCAAGAGCUCGCGGGGCUGUCCCAUCGCCAAGUGGGUGAUCCGCAGGCACAGCGCGGAGGAGAAGCUCCUGUGCCUGGUGCGGCACCGCGCCGGCCACCGCUGCCAGAACGCCGUCAUCGUCAUCCUGAUCCUGGCCUGGGAGGGCAUCCCGCGCUCCCUGGGCGACAGCCUGUACCAGGAGCUCACGGACACGCUCACCAAGUUCGGGAACCCCACCACGCGGCGCUGCGGGCUGAACGACGACCGGACGUGUGCCUGUCAAGGCAAGGACCCCAACACCUGCGGUGCCUCUUUCUCCUUCGGCUGCUCGUGGAGCAUGUACUUCAACGGGUGCAAAUACGCGCGAAGCAAAACGCCCAGGAAAUUCAGGCUUCAGGGGGACAAUCCCAAGGAGGAAGAAAUUCUCAGAAGAAGCUUCCAGGACUUGGCCACGGAGGUUGGCCCGCUGUAUAAGAGGCUGGCACCCCAGGCCUACCAAAAUCAGGUUACCAAUGAGGAUAUAGCAAUAGACUGCCGGCUGGGACUGAAGGAGGGGCGGCCCUUCUCGGGGGUGACGGCCUGCAUGGACUUCUGUGCUCACGCCCACAAGGACCAGCACAACCUGUACAACGGGUGCACCGUGGUGUGCACCUUAACAAAAGAAGACAAUCGGACCAUCGGGAAGAUCCCUGAGGACGAACAGCUGCAUGUACUUCCGCUGUACAAAAUGUCGCCCACGGAUGAGUUUGGCAGCGAGGAGAAUCAGGCUGCGAAGGUGGGCAGCGGGGCGAUCCAGGUGCUCACCUCCUUCCCCAGGGAGGUGAGGAGGCUUCCCGAACCCGCAAAGUCUUGCAGGCAGAGGCAGCUGGAAGCCCGGAAGGCUGCAGCCGAGAAGAAGAAGCUGCAGAAGGAGAAGCUGCUGACGCCCGAGAAGAUCAAGCAGGAAGCUCUGGAGAUCCCAAGCCUUUCCUCGCAGAAUGCAGACCCGGCCCUGAGGAGCGGGCUCUCCCCGCAGUCCGUCAAGCCUUCCCUUCAGGUGGAGCCUCAGAGCCAUUACAGUGCUUUCAAGUACAGCGGCAACGCCGUGGUGGAGAGCUACUCGGUGCUCGGCAGCUGCAGGCCCUCCGACCCGUACAGCAUGAGCAGCGUUUACUCGUGCCACUCCUACUAUGCACAGCCUAAUCUGCCUUCCGUGAACGGGUUGCAUUCCAAGUUCUCUCUUCCAUCCUUCGGGUAUUACGGAUUUUCCAGCAAUCACGUGUUCCAUUCCCAGUUCCUGAAUUACGGCGAUGCCGGGGGCACGCCCUGGAGCAGUGGCAGCUACGAGCGGAAGCCCGGCGUGCAAGCCUUGCCGGGCAGCCUGAGCCAUGCCUACGGUGGCGCGGAAUGUGCGGAGGCUGCGGCGCCCGCCGUGCGGAUCAAGAACCACCACGGGCGCACCUACGAGCGGGGCAGCAGGCACGCAGGGAAGCCCCUGGCCGCGCCGCAGCGGUGCAGCUCCGUCCCGGCAGAAGCCCUGUCCUUUCCGCAGAGUGCCGGCUGUUUCAGCAGCAAGCCAAUUAAACAAGAACCAGUGGACGUGGUGCCCCACGGGCGGCCUGCUCCCGGGGUGGCCCCUGUCAGUGGCCAAGCGCCGCGUCUGAACUCGGCCGACUUCUCCAGGCCGGCUGAGAACGGAGGUCCGGAGCAGCGGUGGAGUCCCCACAAGGCCCACCGGAACGAGUCCCCUGCAGACAGGACUAGCGGUGCUGAGAGUCCCUGGAACGUCUUCGCGCCCAGCGAAAACGGCAGUGUGCUCGGCGCCAGUGCCCAGAAGAGGCCCGGCCUCUUUGACUGCCGCUCCAGUGCAUCCAGGUUGCCCCAGUCCCACCUGCUGGAGAAGCAGUGGGAGCUCUUUCCUGGCGAGGGGCAGCCCCUGCCGCCAGGCCUCGACCUGCUGGGGAAGCCAUGGCCAGCCCCGUGCAAAGUCAGCAAGAGCUCUCCGGCCUUCCCGGCCAGCGCAGGCCUUCCCGAGAAUCCCUGGGGCUUCGGGCAGCUGAACCUCCCUUCCCUCAAGGAAAGCCCCAGGCUUCAGGAUGAGCUCUGGGGCUCUGUGAAAGUGGACGAGAGGAGAACUCCGACGCCGGGCACCGGGCUGCACAGCCGGCCCUGGACCUCCUUUGGCUCCCUGGCCACGGUGGCCUCGGACGCCUGCGCGGAGAAGCCGUUUGCCUCGCUGAAGGAGGAGCGUGGGGCCGUGCCCACGGGCGCCGGCCUCCACGAGCGGUCGUGGGACAGCUUCAGCCUGGACGACGGCAUGGAAGACAAGAGCGUCAAGGGGGAGGGGGAGGGGGAGGAGGAGGAGGAGGAGGAGGUGUGGUCCGACAGCGAGCACAACUUCCUGGACGAGAACAUCGGCGGGGUGGCGGUGGCCCCAGCGCACGGCUCCAUCCUCAUCGAGUGCGCGAGGCGUGAGCUGCAUGCCACCACCCCGCUGAAGAAGCCCAACCGGUGCCACCCCACCCGCAUCUCGCUCGUCUUCUACCAGCAUAAGAACCUGAACCAGCCCAACCACGGGCUCGCCCUCUGGGAAGCCAAGAUGAAGCAGCUGGCAGAGAGGGCCCGGGCGCGGCAGGAGGAGGCCGCCCGGCUGGGCCUCCGGGAGGACAUCAAGCCCUUCGGCAAGAAGCGGAAGUGGGGGGCCGGCUCGGCCACCGAGCCCCAGCACCAGGAGAAGAAGGACUCGGUCCCGACGCGGCAGGCCCUGGCCAUCCCGACCAACUCGGCGAUCACUGUGUCCUCCUAUGCCUACACCAAGGUGACCGGGCCAUACAGCCGCUGGAUAUGAGAGGACCGGGGCUCACCGUGGGCAGCUUACCUCAGAGUCCACAGCGCUGGAGAGCAGCGCUGUGUUUGGUGCUUUUUCCUAGCAGGUGUCAAUACGGAGAAAUACGGAGCCAGGCUGAGUGGCGCUUGGGGACUGAGCUGCAGACGCUUGUUGCCAUUAACCUUUUGCAGUAGGCUAAUAUUUAUAUCUCUGCAUUUUUAAUCUCUACAUCACUGAAAUGACAAGAGAAAUUUGUAGUGUGAUUUCACAAACAACUUUUAAAUUCCAUUUCAAAUGCAUAGGAAUAUUGGGUUUUUAACAAAAAAUGUUACACCUCUCAAGCAGAUAAUGUGACAAAAAGCAAAACGGGCCCAGCCCAGCAGGUAAAAAGGGCUGAUCGGAAUCUCACCUGGGAGAAUUUCUAGGAAUAUGUUGUUUUGGUCAGAGACUCCAUUGUCUUUCCACGCCGUGUGCUGGUUUCUUACAGAUUUGGUAGAUUUCUAGGGAAAGAAGGAGGUUGGUGGGGAUUUAUAUUUGGGUGGCAAGACCGAGGUAAACGCCCUUCCUGCGCAGUGGAUCUGAGCAGAGUCCAAAAGGGCCCCUGGUGGCCAUUUGUAAACCUUGUGUCCCAUAAAUCCGGGAGCCUCCAGUGGCAGGGAGCAUCUGUUCCAUGUGGAGACCCCGUGGGGUGUGGCCAGGCCUGCCUCCUACCCAGGCACUGCGAGGGCCUCAUCCAGAUCCUCCUCCGGCUCAUGAAUAUUAAGGUAAAUGUGGACGAAUGCAAGAAAAGAGAGAUCCGUUGCACACUGCUGAACGUCUGCUUAGCUAUGAGCCUGCGGACUAAGCAUUUUCCGAGCAGAUGGAAAGUACGGGGGACCAGAGGGCACUUUGUGCUCACGGGGGCAGAGCACUUUAAAGGCACGCUUUUGAACCGGCCUCAGGCAAGUGAGAAAGGAAAGGCGCACGCACGGUGCAUUGCAAACUAAGCUUUCUCUGUCAGCAAUACCAGCUUUUAUCUUGAAUGAAGCAUCUGGUGAAUCUGGUUGAAUGCAUGCAGGAAAAGAAGGCAGGGAAAGAACGGAGGAGGAGGAGGCCCUAAGGAGACAGGAGAAAACGAGCGGUGCCAUUCCCUGCUCUCUGCUCUUGGUCCCUUCUCUGCCUUAGCCAUGAAGGAGAGUCCCAGACGGAGCUACUCUGUCUUUAAGAAACCACCACGUGAAGCCUGCUGGCUACGAGCCCUUUUUAUCAUCCCUGGUGCAGAGUUCCUAGAAAGGGAGGACUUGGUAGGUCUGUUCUGUACUGUACUUGAGCCAGUACAUGCUCAUCAGGCUGAAAUGUCCACUCCCAUCCCUUGCAAAUGGGCACCGGAAUGAAAUUAGUUCAUUGUAAGUUUAUUUUACUUUCCUGAUGCCAGUUUUCAGGUGGAGGGAAUCGAAAUCAUGUAAUGAGUUACUGCAACAGCACAGCUGACCCUUUUAAAUCUUUGAAUCACUGCAUUUAAAAGCAACCUGCCCUUUCCGAUCAGCCUUGGAAAUGGUGCCCUUACACUUGACCUCGUAGGGAAGGCCUCCACGAGCAUGGAUGGGAUCCACUCACCUCCACUCCUCCUCUCCUCUCCUACCGCUUACACCACCUCAAAACCAGUCCUAGGAUCCGGUUUCCUUGGUAACUAAACGACAGUAGUGCAAGGCAUUCUCUUGCCUCGCGUAAUGCAAGAAGUUUGGGGAACGCCGGUUCUUCACCUUAUAUGAAUUUCUUAUUUUACUGGGAAAAUGUUGAGCUAAGCAAAUUCCUGCUGGACUUUACAUGUUCCCGUUGAAUCUGUUGGGAAAUCGCUGUUGGCUCUUUAGGGAUGGAAUCUUCCAGCCUGGAGGCAGCACCUUGAAAUGUCUCCAUGCCGUGGAAUCGGUGCCAUCUUCAGGUUGGUCAACGGAAACUCUUGCGACAAUAGCAAGAGUGUUUCUGCCCUUUUUUACCAUGGGUCUUUCAGUUGAAAAAAGGAGGUUUGACUCCUUCCGCAGAUCCCUGCUGGCUGUAAUCCACUUGUAUGAGUGAUUUCUCAGCAGUGCAGAAGGGCAGAAGAUCAAACCUGUUUAGAGAUCCGAACUGAUUACAAUUCCUUGGUCACCUUCUGCACUUAACAGGUGCCUUUUGAGAAAAGACGGCUUGGAAAUUAAAACUUGUACAUAGCAUUUGCUUCCUAGGGAACCUUCUCACUCUUUCUGCACUGACCGGCACGGGAGGACAGGCUCUCAUACAGCAUCCUGAGCAUUUUAUGUGGUUCUGAUUUUAAAAUGUAAAUAGAGAAAGAUUUUUUUUAAAAAAGCACUUUCACCAAGAUUUAAAAGAAAAAAGUACCCAAUAAUAACUUGAAGAGUAGUAUGUUUUAAAACAGAUUAUUGUGGGAGAAAUGUAAAUAGACAAAAUAUUUAACAUGCUUUUCCGUCCUUGAUUUUUUUGUUUUCUUUUAUUGUAUAAAGUUGCUUUUAUUUUGCAAGGAAAAUCAACAACUCAUAAUUGGUUUUGUAUUGUAUUCCUUCCCGUGAUUAUAUCACAAUUGUUAGGAACGAUUGCAAGUCAGAUUUACAGGAAAAGUUCUGAGGAUCAGAGGUUGUGGUAUCAGCCGCUCAGGGCCUGAUCCUAGGUUUUACAUUCAGGAAAGUGUUUUUUUAUGCAACCCCCCAGUCGCAAUUUGAAGGGACACAAUCCCAGGUGGUCCCUACCCGAGCACACGGGGCAGCUCUCGGAGCCCCUGGCUUCUCAGCCUUCCGGGGCCAGCGAGGGGCUACUUGCUGUGGGCAGAAGCAGCAUGGAUUCCUCAGCCUGAGGUAGUUACCGGAAAAUGCCGGCUGUAAGAUCGCGUCUCUCUCUUCGUCUAGACUUGCCUCCAUGAUGUAUUUGUUGUGCCCCAUUUGUUGUCGCAGAGGUGCUCGGAGAGCUUCGUUCAGGGGACGUGAGAGAGCACGAGGCGGUCAGCGGAUGGUUAGCAAUGUGGCAAGCAGGAAAGCGGCUGCCCCCUGGCCUGUUGCAAUCCUGUUGGGUACUGGGGGUUGCAGAACUUUCUGGUUGUGGUGCAGGUGGCCUUCGGGUGAUCCCUUUCUGAGCUAGAGAUGGGCCUGCAGGAUCUCUGGGGAAGAGACAUUUUAAAUAGACACACGUCUACAUUCCCUGUCCUGGGACCCAUAAAGAAGGGCAGCUGACUUGAAGUCGAGGUGGCAACUCCGUGGACCCUGGACUACUUCCAUAUUUGGCCUACGGGUGUUUACAGUGCUCCCCAGAACAGGGAUGGAGAAAUAGAGGGAAACGAAUUAACAGGCCAAGUCCUUCUUUUCUUUCAUUUAGGACCAAAUGGUAGUCUCCCUUCAUAUGGUGCAUGUCCAAAGGAACUUAAAACUGGAAUCACAAAUUCAUACUGAAACUCAUUGUCCAAGGCGAAGUUCUUACUUAUAUCAGGUUAGACCGGUUCUUCCAAAGCUUUGGCCUAAAAUAAUAUUUUAAAGAAUCUGUUUGUUCUCCAGUUGAUUGUGCCAGGUAUUUGCCAAUAUAAUUGGCUGACUUUGGUGCAGGUGUGGGGCAGUCCCCAUACUAUCCGAUCCUGGCAGUGUCAGUAUUAAAUCCAUUGCAAGAAUAUGUGAACACUAUCAGAGUUUGACGCAGUUUCCAUAGCACAUGGUUUAGACACCUCUCCCUUCUAAAACAAGGCUGUUAAAACUGAAAGCAAGACUCCUGACUGAUCCCUAGUAGUAUGAUUUUUAAAAUUUAUAACAAGAAGGUUGCUCACUGCAUAGAUAACCUACCUCAAACUUCAUUUGCGAAAAAAUAUCAUGCUACAGACUUCUUUAAGGAAUUCAGAUCUAUGCACAGGUUAUGACUCCACCUUUGUUGCUGGAAGUCUGUUUUAAGUUCUUCACUGGCAUGGGCAUUUUCUGCUUACACACCUGGGCAAUUAUGGUGACGGUGUUGCAGUUAAGGUAUUUGGAAUCCCGGAUGAAGCAGAAGGGUGCACAUUUACAGAUGUGUUUGUCAAGGGCAUCCUAAGGGCUUGAGUUGUCCCAGGAAUGCUAAAGCCCAUGGGCUUUGAUAAAUGCAGGUUUUACUCAUGGGGACGUGAAUAUGGCACCUUGGGCGCCUCCUUCCACUUGGAGCAGCACUGGGAAGCCAAACGAUGGUGUUCGCUUCUUGAAACAAGGCUGCAGUCACUCUGCACUCGUGACGGUGUUCAUACCUCUGAACGCCCUUGCUGGAGGCGCUGGAGAAAAGGCAGUUGGGACCCACAGCCUCCUUCUCACGCCCGCCCUUGCCUUUUGUGCUGAUAUGUCGGAGACAGAUUUUUGUAAAUGAAUAGUGCUAAGUUUCUCUAAAUGUAUUUUGGGGGGUUAGUGAUUUGAAGCGCAGUAACAACAGCAAGCAAACAAAACACAUGGUGCUAAAGUGAGAAACAGAUCAGACUUGACAAAAGGGGUGAAUUCUGUUGUAGUUGCAAAAUCCCAUUAACUUCUAUGGAAGGUUUUGGACCUGUUGAGGUCACUCUCCAAAUAGUUAAUUUGUUAUAUUUGCUUAGCUUUGGGACACACUAAUAUAUGUGUAGAAGCCUUUGCUUCGGGACACUUAACGCUCUUGCACUGAAGAAGACCUCAGCUGGGGCAUCCUCGUGCCUCUUUAUGAAAUAAAGUGCAAGACCCAAAUACUGGAGGGGAGAGGAGACGAAGGGCUCUUGGGAUGCUAACACGGUAACCAUUACAGUACCGGUUUAUCUGCGGAGGGUCCAGUUUGCUGGCGACUGUGACCAAACAGUGGCUCCUUAUUGUACCAUAAAAGUUCCCCGCCAUCUCCUUGGCUGCUCUGUGUGGUCAGUUGGUGGCUGGGGAGCUUUAAAACCAGGGCUAGAGGUCCCCACCGUCCCUCCCUAGGAGCCGGGAGCUUCCCUUUCCUCAUCCGUGACGACUGUGUCCCACGCAGAGGCAACGAGAGGGACAGAGAAGCCUGGAGGUGUGGGGUGCACAUUGUGGGCCGGAAGGCAUAACUUCGUAUCAGCCAAAAUCUUCUAAUGAAAUGGUGCUAUCUUGGAGGCUUUUAAAAAAAAACCAGUCAUAUUUCUUUUUUGACAGAUUCCAUCUUGCUAAGGUGCUACUGUAUAUGUCAAAACAGAGAACUGUACAAUUAACUGAGAAUAGGAAGUUUCAAUAUUUAAAAUGUUUGUGUUUUCUAAAGGCUCUGCUCUGUUACAACUGCAUCCUUUUGAGCUCGUUUACAUGCCUGUGGAUCCAGCUCAGAGCAGCCUCCUUGAAGGGCAGCCGUAUGCCUCCUUGGGCUGUUCCCUGGCCUUCUGCAAGUAGAGCUGCGUGGCUCAGGUGUUGACACUGAGACUUGCCUGUUCACUCGUUCGUGCCAGCCCCUCUCUUGAGGCCCCUGGGCCCUGGCAGGUUCUCAGCUGUGGAAUGAAUGAGUCGGACAAACGUGCUUUCUUCAGGCAGGUGGAAAACAAGGUACAGUGACCUGUACUCUGAAUUAACACUUGUGCCAGCUGAGCAAGUGCAUGGUGCAACAGUCUGUAACCCUGUGCAUUGGAUAUUAUUAUGCAAACCGAUGGGUGCUGAACCGACGCUUUGAGGUCGCUCCGUGACGGAGCAGCUAAUCUGCAAAAGCGAUGACGUUGUCAUCCCCUCUGGCUGGCUGGCUCGCUUGCGCGCACGCUCACUCGCUCUUCUUGUGAACCGUUUUGGCUUAGUUCUGUAGGCCCAAAACCUGCUUCUUGGGCCAUAUUUACAUCUCAGUGUGAACAGAAAGAUGCUUUCUGUAGAUUUCAGUACUGAAUGUGGGCUCAUUCUGCUGAGAGCUGGGAUUUAAUGGGGUCUGACCACAUAAGGGUUUGCUAAUCUUUCGUCUGAUCUGUCAGGCUUGUCCUGCUGCUUUUAUUACAGUGGCAGCUUCUUCUUUUGGUAUAUUGCUAUUUAUGAGUAGAUGUGUCUCCAAGUUUUACAGAAUACUUUUUGGUGCUAUUUAUUUUCCAUCUCUCCCUCUUUCUCUCCCCCACCCAACUUUUCUGGUUCAUAAAACUUGUUAUAAAUGUGUAUAGAAGCCAGGGUCUCAUCAUAUAAUAAGCUUGCUGUUAUCACAAUACAGACAAAAAUACCUCAAAAAAAAAAAACCCCAGAGUAUUGUGGCAACCUGUGAUUCAGUAAUAGCUAAUGGAAUGGACAUAGAUUAGAAAUAACACUGUACUUGACAUUGUAGAAACUGUAUGGCCUUCUUCGUUCUAUUCUUGGGCAAAGACUCAAACACUGAAAUGUUUUGAGGAAUAAAUAUAUGGAAGCUCUAAAGAGACAGUAUACGGCCUUGUCUCUGUCGGCUGGCUUCUUGAAGUACCUCAGAGCACAUUAUGGCCCAUAGGAGAAUGCAGUUUUAGGAAUAACCGGUAGCCAAAUAGUAGUUUUGGCAUGUGUUCUUUUAAAUCUGCCACAACAGAUGCAUUUGAGCAGAAGGUUCCUCCUCUGCUACAGAGCUUAAGCAUGUUUCCAAGGGAGUUCUGCUGACACAGACCCCGCUUUAAGAACGAAGCCAGAGCAAAAAGCAGCAGGGGCCCGGCUCAGAGACGCGGCCAGCCGGAUGCCCAUGCUGGCGACUGAAGUGCAGGUGCUCAGCCUUGCCCCACACGACUGCUGCCCAGGAGCACCCUGGGGAGCCGGCCCCCGCCAGCCCCUCGGGAUGGGGCGGCCCUUGCGCUGUGCCACUCCUUUAAUAUCCGGGACCUUCAUUGCUGCAUGGCAGAUGGCAAAUGUGGCGGCGGCCGGCAAAGGGCACGUGCUCCUGUAUUCGUUUCCUUGCGCAAGCGACCACGCUGUGGCGAGCAGGGAGCAUUUUGCUCACACAAGGAAUAUUCUGUGGUCAAGGCCUACAUUUUUGUAUUUUUGUUUUUCUCCCCCCCCCCCCCCCCCACCCCACCAUUUGCCUAAGAAUAGUAAAGCAAUUCGGCCAAAUUCUGCUUUAAUAUCAGGGAUCUUUUCUUUUGUGGCAUAUGUUUUGUUUUGUUUUUUGCCAUCCUUUUCUGUUUUCCGUUUUUAAGCACCCAUUCUUUGGGGUUUACUCGCUGAUGUCCAGUCUUUGGGAAACGUGUGGCGUCUCGCUGGCAUUUGGCAUUUUAUGCAUUUUUGUGUGUAAAACCAAUUAUAGGUAUAACGCUGUCUUUUAAAUGCUUUUUUAAUUUAAGAGAAAUGAGGGAAAGCAGGUUGAUUUGGCAGGCUAAUUCAGCUCCGUCGACAGAAGGCUGUAACUUUUCCAUGUAUUUGGUUUCUUGUCUCCUCAAACUCACAUUGGAAAAUGAGACCCUCCAGGGGAGGUGACUUUGGGACCACACUUGAAGUUCCUGGUUGACUGUGGCUACUUGAAAUGAAGUUUUAUCUGGGGUUGGUUGACAAAUGGUAGAUUUACAAUGUCUCAAGGCAAUAGGACUUGUGUAUUAAACUGUAGAUAUCCUUAGUACAGUAAAUUUAUGCUGAUAAUUUUAUUUUGUAUAAUUUCCUCUGUACUUUUUCUUUCACACUUUUACCCCCUCUGGUGUCUCAGCAAAUUUAUUUUUAGGAUGCCUGAAAGUAUGGAUCCUUCUUUUUUAUUUGUAUUUUAUUAUGUUACACAACCGAUUGGUUUGUGAAAUGUAUUAUUCCUGAUAUCUUUAAACUAUUGUGGGUGUUUUAAUAAAUUUUAUAUUUAUUUUUUGCACUCAAA